AUGUAUCGAUGUAACCCGAUAGCGGUACUUAUAUUAUUGAUAUGCCACACUCUAUAUAACCCAACCGAUAGCGGUGCCGUGCAAAUUACUCAAAGUAAUUUAGAUAUGGUUUUAGCGUCUAAUGAGGUAGUUUUUAUUAAUUUUUAUGCUGACUGGUGUAAGUUUAGUAAUAUGCUUAUGCCCAUAUUUGAUGAUGCGGCUGACGAGGUGUCUAAAGCCGGUUAUGACCCAGGCAAAGUUGUAAUGGGUAAAGUUGAUUGUGAUAAAGAACCAGCAGUGGCCACAAGAUUUCAUAUUACCAAGUACCCCACUUUAAAACUAUUUCGCAACGGGUUGCCAGCCAAAAAAGAGUAUAGAGGUCAGAGAUCAGUAGAAGCAUUUGCCGAAUUCAUGAAGAAACAAUUGACUGAUUCCAUUGUUACAUUUAGUACUCUUAAAGAACUUCACAGCUUAGCUGAAGAUAAGAGGCACAUCAUUGGUUAUAUGGAUAGGAGGGACCAGCCAGAAUAUGAAGUGUUACGAAAGGUGGCUGCCACCCUUAAAGAUGAGUGUAUAUUCCAUGCUGGUUUUGGAGAUGCCUCAGAACAAAUGCACCCUCCAGGUCAGCCGAUAGUUGUGUUCAGGACGGAUAAAAAAACAUCAGUGGAACCAGAUGAAACCUACAUGGGUUCAUUAUUGGACUUUGAUCAAUUACAUACUUGGAUUCAAAAGAAAUGUAUACCCUUAGUGAGAGAAAUAACAUUCGAAAAUGCAGAGGAACUCACGGAAGAAGGAUUACCGUUCCUAAUUCUUUUCUAUCAUCCUGACCAUACUGAAAGUAUUAAGAAGUAUAAAGAAAUUGUGGCAAGGGAACUUGAGUCAGAGAAACAGAAUGUAAACUUCUUGACGGCUGACGGUGUGAAAUUUGAGCAUCCGUUGCAUCAUUUGGGAAAAUCUGUGGCGGAUUUGCCUCUUAUUGCAAUUGACUCUUUCCGCCACAUGUACCUCUUCCCCGAUUACAAGGAGAUGGAGAAACCUGGCAGAUUGAAAGAAUUUUUACAAGACUUGUAUUCUGGAAAGUUGCACAGAGAAUUUCACUACGGUCCCGACACACCACAUGUGAUUGUAAAUAAUGAAUUGAAAGUAACUACGCCACCAGAGUCUACGUUCAAAAAGCUAGCUCCUUCUAAAAAUAGCGUGGGUGCCGCUCAGACACAAUGCCUGCAAUUUGACACCAACGCGCGGCUUUGCCACGAAGGACUCAUUCAGGGCGCUCCGCAAAAGACAGGAAGUGAAGGACAACGCGGAGAGGGGUGUGCCGGAGGCUGGAGCCGCAAGGGUGAAGGGGGGAUGGGUGCGCGCGCGCAAGUCAGAGCCUAUGGGUCUCAGGGGAUGGUAAUGAUGAGCGGUUACGGUUGUGGAUAUGGUCGAAGUGACGCUAUAUCCCCAGCUUCCGACCUCUCUUCCUGUAGCAGCGCCUCUUCGGGUGCAUGGUGCGGCUCUACUUGGCGGGAAUUACCCCCAUACCCUCAGUACCCAGCUUAUUGGCCCACACCCACUACAACCGAGGAUUCACGCGAGCUCCAGAGAAGAUGUGCUAAGUGCCGGUGUCCCAACUGCCUGACUGAAGCGGCUGGCUUCGGUCCGAACUAUGGGAAAGACGGUGCGAAACGGGAGCACGUCUGUCAUGUACCUGGUUGCGGAAAAGUGUAUGGAAAAACAUCGCAUCUCAAAGCUCAUCUCAGAUGGCACACUGGCGAAAGGCCCUUCGUCUGCAACUGGCUGUUCUGUGGGAAGCGGUUCACACGUUCCGACGAGUUACAGCGUCACCUGCGAACACACACCGGCGAAAAGAGAUUCGCGUGCCAGCUAUGCACCAAACGUUUUAUGCGUUCCGAUCAUCUCGCGAAACAUGUGAAGACGCACGCGAAUAGCUCGAAGAAGAAGAAAACAAAAGAAGAAGAACCCAAUCCUGCAGAGAAACGUGAAGUGCAAACGAGCGAGUUAGGUAGUUCGAACUACGGGACGGUACCAGUUGUAAAUACUGCUAAGCCGCUGUUGAGCUACGCGGCGGCGGCACCCCAUGUGAACCCAAAUACUUACCAUAGUGGCGUCAUUAGUGGUGGAGUGGUGUAUGGAAACAGUUGGUCGGAUCGCCAAGACUUGUAUGCGCGAUCACCAGCUAAAGACUCUCGAUUUUACCACCAGUAUGCACCAUUAAGCGCUUACCAAUGCGCCACUAAAGACAAUUACUCAGUGUUCCAAGGACAUUACGGUCUACAACCACCGGUCGCUAUAGGACAGUAG